CUUCUUCCCUCUUACAAGUUACAACACCAGCGGCAGGGUAGAUCGGUAGCCGGCGGCGGGGUAGAUCAGUUGCCGACGGCAUCAAGGAGAUUGAUUUCUCGCCGAAUACCUCGCUGGCUGCCCAAACGAGCACACAAGCGUCUACUGGGGGAUUGGAUCAAUUAUCACUCAGUUGGGGGAAUAACGGGAUAAUAUUUUGACUUCCUGUUGCCUUGAUCGUUCUUUGGGCAUCAUCACAAUGUCAGGAUCACUGAAUUCAAAUAUUGGUGGGGAUUCAACAGGAAGGCCAUUCACAUCAACCUUUUCUGGUCAGUCUGGAUCAUUUCCUAAUUUCCAUCACUCUGGCCUGCAUAAUAUCCACGGAAAUCUCAAUCUUGCAUCACUAUCGCCAAGGAAUGCUUCAUUGUCAGGUAUUCCAUCCCCAGGUGUUCAACAACCUGGGGGCAAUAUUUCUGGUAGCCGGUUUCCCUCAAAUAACCUUCCAGUGUCCAUGUCUCAGAUUUCUCAUGGUCAUUCUGGGAUCAGCAACCGAGGAGGUAUGAAUGUUGGGGGGAAUCCUGUAUUUAGUAGUAGCAUGAAUGCUAUUGGUGGUUCAGCACAAGGUUUAUCCUCAAGCAUGGCUAAUGUUGGUAACCGAAAUUCUGCUCCUGGGUUGACAGCUUCUUCAGUUUUGGGGAACUUAGGCCCACGUAUAACAAAUUCUGCGGGCAAUAUAGUGGGUGGCAGCAGUAUUGGCAGAAGCAUAAGCUCAGCAGGAAUGUCCAUGCCUGGUAUUUCAUCCCGUAUCAAUUCGAGUGGCAACUCUGGAAGUGGGGCUCUUAAUAUCCCAUCCAAUCGUCUGAGUAGUAUGCAUCAAGCGUCGCCACAGUUCAUGAACAUUCUAGGGAGUUCUUAUCCAGCACAAGGAGGAACGCUAUCUCAGAACCAAGUUCAGGCAGGAAACAAUUCUUUUAGUUCUUCAGGAAUGCUACAUGACGGAAACUCUGGUGACAAUUCUCCGUUUGACAUAAAUGAUUUUCCCCAAUUAACUGGACGUCCUAAUUCUGCUGGAGGUGGUCAAGGGCAAUAUGGGUCACUACGAAAGCAAGGAGUAAGUGUAAAUGCCAUUGUGCAACAAAAUCAGGAGUUCAGCAUUCAGAAUGAAGAUUUUCCAGCUUUACCAGGAUAUAAAGGCAAUUCGUCAGAUUAUGGUAUGGAUUUGCAUCACAAGGACCACCUUCAUGAAAAUGCAAAUAUUAUGCAGGCACAACAUUUUCCCAUGGGUAGAUCAUCUGGCUUUAAUUUGGGAGGUAGCUAUCCACCCCGCCAACAACAGCAGCAGAGCACUACUUCGGUCCAAAAUGGUCUUGAUAAUAUCGGGCUAAGGCCGAUAAAUUCUCCAAGUCCGUCUUCUAAUUCGGGGUCUUAUGAGCAACUCAUCCAGCAAUACCAUCAACCUCAGACUCAGAAUUCGCUUAGGUCGCAGGCAUCUUCGGGCCAACAGUCAUAUAAGGAUCAGAGUCAAAAGUCUGCUCAGGGAAAAGAAACUGUGCCAGACCCAUACAGUUUACUUGGAUUGUUGAAUUUAAUAAAAUCAAAAGAGCCUGGACCAACAGCUCUUGCUUUAGGGCUUGAUUUAACUACACUAGGGUUGAAUUUGAACUCUCCAGAUUGUCUUUGGAAGACGUUUGGCUCCCCAUGGUCAAAUGAGCCAGCUAAAGGAGAACCUGAUUAUCAGAUCCCUGCUUGUUACUCUGCUGAGCAACCUCCACCACUGCAGCCAUUCAAUUUUCCAAAGUUUCACCCCUUGACACUAUUCUACAUCUUCUACAGUAUGCCCAAGGAUGUUGCUCAGUUAUAUGCCGCGAAUGAACUGUAUAACAAAGGGUGGUUUUACCACAGAGAGUAUCGUGUUUGGCUCACACGAGCUUCAAAUGUGGCACCUCUUGUGAAAACUCCACUGUAUGAACGAGGAUCCUACAUUUGCUUUGAUCCCAACCUGUGGGAUACAAUUCAGAAGGACAACUUUGUUCUCCAAUAUGAAUCUGUAGAGAAGAGACCUGUCCUCCCUUCCGCCAGCCAAAAUGUUAGAUUAUAAGGUCAGCAGUUGGAUUCCCCGCCUCCCAUUCAUCUGUUGUACUUCUGUAUUAGAGAAUGUCGAUUUUCUUCAUCCGGAUCAGUACCUGUUAUUAUCAUAGGAUAUAGGUGGCGUACAUUUGUGCAAAAUGAUUCUGACUUGUGUGCUGUUCCGAAGAAGGAGCUUCUCUGUGUUGGCUGGCAGACCUGAUGGUAGUAGCUUUAGACAUGUAGCCGAGGAAAACACGCCUCGUAAUUCGUUGGCUGUAAACCUUUAGCGUCAAUUUGGUAUCAUUGGCUGUAAUUGACUUGAGUUUCUUAGCUUUCGUAAAAUUCAGACAUGUACUCUUUAACUAUGAGUUUAAUUAUCGGUAUUUUGGGUUUA